CCCCUCCUUCCCCGGGUCCGUCCACAGUCUCUCUCCCCCCCUCCACUCUCGACAGAGGCAGCCGAGCCGAGGUUGGAAGGAAACAAUAUUUGAAUGCAUAUUGUCGAACUGAUUCAGACAUCAUGAACCGAAACAAACGCGACAACCAGUUCUACAGUGUAGAGGUUGGCGAUUCCACCUUUACAGUCCUGAAACGGUAUCAGAACCUGAAACCAAUUGGCUCAGGAGCACAGGGGAUUGUAUGUGCAGCCUACGAUGCAGUCCUUGACCGGAAUGUGGCCAUCAAAAAGCUCAGUCGACCAUUUCAAAACCAAACACAUGCAAAGAGGGCCUACAGAGAACUGGUCCUUAUGAAAUGUGUCAACCAUAAAAAUAUUAUUGGUUUGCUGAAUGUCUUCACUCCACAAAAAUCACUGGAGGAAUUUCAAGAUGUUUACAUAGUGAUGGAGCUCAUGGAUGCCAAUCUCUGCCAGGUAAUUCAGAUGGAGCUAGACCACGAACGGAUGUCUUAUCUACUCUAUCAGAUGCUGUGUGGCAUCAAACACCUACAUUCAGCUGGCAUUAUACAUAGGGACCUGAAACCAAGUAACAUAGUAGUGAAAGCAGACUGCACUCUGAAGAUUCUAGAUUUUGGACUAGCAAGAACAGCAGGAACUAGUUUUCUGAUGACGCCUUAUGUGGUUACAAGAUACUAUCGUGCUCCAGAAGUCAUUCUAGGAAUGGGAUAUAAAGAGAACGUUGAUAUCUGGUCAGUUGGGUGCAUCAUGGGAGAAAUGAUCAGAGGUGGUGUGUUGUUCCCUGGUACAGAUCAUAUUGAUCAAUGGAACAAAGUGAUCGAACAAUUAGGAACACCGGCUUCUGAGUUCAUGAAGAAGCUACAGCCUACAGUUAGGACAUAUGUCGAAAACAGACCCAAGUAUGCAGGCUACAGUUUCGAGAAACUCUUUCCAGAUGUCCUCUUUCCUGCUGACUCUGAACACAACAAACUGAAAGCAAGCCAAGCCAGAGAUUUGUUAUGUAAAAUGCUUGUAAUCGACGCAGCUAAGAGGAUUUCUGUGGACGAUGCUCUGCAGCACCCCUACAUUAACGUUUGGUAUGAUCCUGCUGAGGUAGAGGCUCCUCCACCAAAGAUUUGCGACAAACAAUUAGAUGAAAGGGAUCACACCAUAGAAGAAUGGAAAGAGUUGAUAUAUAAAGAAGUCUCAGAGUGGGAAGAAAGAAUGAAGAAUGGAGUUAUACGAGGGCAACCACCCUCUUUAGGUGCAGCAAUGAUCAAUGGCUCACAUCAUCCAUCAUCAUCAUCAUCCGUCAAUGAUGUGUCCUCCAUGUCGACAGAUCCAACCUUGGCCUCAGAUACCGACAGCAGUCUAGAGACAUCGGCGGGACCUCUGGGCUGCUGCAGAUGACUAGCCUCCCUCUCGUUGGGUCUUACUGUUUGUACUCGGUGGUAGAGAGAAUAGACCAGCUUUUAAAAAGCUCCAGCUGCUUUUUAAUUUUAUUGGAAACAGUUUACCUUCUUAGAAUAUGACUGAAUUGUGUCUGAUUUACAUGCAGUAACUGAAAUACAAUACAGCAACUUUUAGUGCAGGACAAGUAACCCUAAAGCAUGACUUGUACAUUUGUAAAGAGCUGACAUUAACGCACGUCUGUUUUGGGGUUUAAAACAAACACACAAAUAAGCUUUAGACUCGCAAUGUACAGAGGGACAGCAUAGUUAGACUGCUUUUCAUUUUUCUCACUUGCAUGAAGUGGUUUAUACUUGUUAAAUAUUCUGGCAUCUUUUCUACUCUGGUUGGCUGUACCGUCUAAUUGUUGUAGAGUAAGAAGAUAGCUAUCUGGUUUCAAAGCCACAAAAUGCCAGUGUCCGUCAUAGAUUUUAACAUGUGGCCUACCUAUUCACAUCACACAUGGAGAAGCCAAACCUGAGUGCAUUUUACAUAGUAAUGCAGGGUAGAGAAAGCAGUUUGGGUAAGGCUGUUGGGUGCAACGUUUAAGAGUAUUCAAAUAGGUUAAUUUAAUUUUAUCUCAGACUUGAAUGUGCGUAGCUAAUAGUAGAACUGGGAAUUAAAACCUUGAUGUUGGAAAGAUUGGGCACCGCAGAUGAACACUGCUCAUUUAUUUAUCUGAGCAAAUGCUUGUUCUAAUUAGACUACAUUGCCCCCUUAAUAAGCUGUUCUUUCUCAUUGAAAGCAAUUUAGUUAAUUCCUUUCUGUUGUGCGUACUGAGUGUUCACAGAAUAGAUAGUGUCAUGCAAUAAUGAUGGUGGUUUAAUUUGUAGCUGGCUUCUUCGAUUAGUACUUGAGUAAAUGUCAACUCAUAGCCUAGGAUUGAAGUAGAAAGGUUCUUUCCACUUCAGACAAAAUUGUCGCACUACACAAGUGACGGAACUAUCACAAGAGGUUUUUAAUAAUUGAUGAACUACCUCACGCAAUCAAUGUACCGUUUCAAGGAUGUUAAGCUCCCCCUUUUACAGUUCGGUAGAAUAUGGAAUGUAAUUGUGUUUAAUUUAUUUCUGUUGGUGAACUCUCCCUGGCCAGCUUCCAGGAGUUAACCAAAUUCACAGCUGAAACUGUUGUGUAGAAGAAAAUAUUGUUAUACAUGUACUUUAUAUGUUAGAUGUUUAAUGCAUUUUGUACAUUUGUUUUCUCAUAGUCGACGUGCAAUAAUCUUUGCAAAUUGUGAUAAAGAAUUUGACUGUGAAAGGUGGCGAUAGGUGUGUUGCAGUAUGCUUAUUUGGGAGGGCAAUGUGCGGGUUUGAAGGGACUGUUGUAUUUUUUUUGUUUCCACUCUUUCCUUGUAAAAAUGAGCAUAGUAUGAAAUAUAACAUUGUGAUUUUUGCUAGGGUAAGGAUUUUGCUGAGGAUAUGAUGCCUGCAUCUGUUCCUUGGGUUCAUUAUUCUUCAGUCGUACAUGUCCUUUACUGUUUUUUAAGGCAUUUUUAAUAUCCAGUUAUGGAUAACAGGAAUGUAUGCAACAAAUUGGAAAUUGCUGAAUGAACUGUGAUUAUGAUUAGUGCUAAUAGUGAAUCAUGUUCGGUGUGAGAAUCGUUAACGUUUCUACCAAAACUUGACAAUAGCAAUCUUUAGCUGGUGUAGCUCAAUUGGAAUGAAAUCUAUUGAUACCUUUUAAGGUGUAAUUAGUUCCACAUGUGCAACAUUGAACUGACUAUGCACUGAGAUAAUAAGGUUGUGUGUUUUUUUUUAGCAGGGUGAGCCAAAUCGGAUUGCAGGUUGCCCCAAAGUUAGAUAAUAAUUUGAUUUUCUGAUUUGAGAUUUACAAACCGAACAGCUAAAAUUUAGCCUGGCUCAGUUGGUAGCACUCUUUGUGAGUAAGAAGGCUGUGGGUUCAUGCCCACACCGGGACUUUUGAAUUCAUAAUCUCAGCUGGCACUCUAGUGCAAUGCUGGGGAGAGUGCUUCAUUGAGAGAGGAACCAUUGUAAGGAUGAGAUAUGAAACCAUUUGCCUUUUCAGGUAGAUAUUAAAGAUUCUGUGGCAGUAUUUGAAAAGAGAAGAGAGUUUCUCCCAGUAUCCUGGCAUUUGUGAUUUUUUUAAAAAAAAGUAAUUUCGUUCCAGAUUGUGGGAAUUGCUGUGUGCAAAUUGGUUGCCACGUUUGGUUAGAAAAGCACAGAAAAACUCUGUGAGUCGCUUUGAGAGGUGAUAAGGCACUGUACCAAAUGCAAGGAUUGUUAUAAAUUCGACACCUUUUCUUUUUAAGCAUUUUCUUAAGUGGCCCUCAAUCCAAUCAGAAUUGCUUCCUUUUGUAUGAGAAAUAAAUUGUCCCCGUAUCUCAAUGAUUUUGGUUAAGAGCACAAGUCUUUACUAUCAGAGUGGUUACAGCAGGGUUACGUGUUGAGAGUUAAGUGAUGCGUUGGAUAUUAUGCUUGGUGUAAAAUCUCUUAGUUUCUGAAAUUUGCUCAACGUAUAAUCAACUAGACAUUGCAGCAUAUUGUAAAACGUCAUUUCAGUCUUCAAGGUUUAGCACUUCAAGUGAGUUUAACAUGAACUUUUUUUUAAAAAAAACAAACAAAAUUGUAUUAAAGCUGAUCGUCAGAUUUGGUUACCUUAUCCUUAACGCGCCCUAAAUCUGUUCAGUGUUGAGUAUGUAUUCUCAUCCGGUGAAAAUGGUUGAGAAACAAGCUGUUUCGCAUUUCAAAUUGUUCCUGAGGUGCUUACUCUCCCUCCAAAGUCAUAUUCACUAUUUUCACUAAAGAUGUGCAUUUGUUUUCUGACGAGAUCUUACCAUUUAGAUGUGCUGUAUAAACACAAUCCGCUGUUUGUGCCAAAUGGGGGGAAAAUAAACUGUUUCAAUUAACACCAGAGGCUUUAAGGCAACUUUUAAGUGGAAUUGCUUUCAGGGUAUGCCACUCACUUACAAAUUAGUCUGACUGAGCUAAUUCCUUAACAAAGCCAUUAUUUUCUAUCUACAGUAACUCAUAAUCUGUUUAUGGCACAUUACUCUGAAGAUGCAUUUUGUUGAAUUUGUAUUUCAUGCUUUGUUGAUGCUCAUUAAGCUUCCAAUUGACUAAAUAAAUGUCGGAAGUGUAACGAGAUUUCAAAUAUC